AUGUCGCGCCGCCUCAGCGUCGCCCUGUCAGCAGGUCGCACACCUCAACGCUCGUGUCGGAGCAGCACGGAAGCUGAUGACAGUCGGGUGAAAUAUCGAGCGAAAAAGAUCGGCACUGGGAUGUGCAGAUUCGAGCUCGUAUCUCUCAAGCAGGCCAGAGUCCGGGUACCAGAGCACAACAAGCCGGCCCUACACAGACGCCACGCGGCUGCCGUCCGAGGGAGACUGUUCGUUCGCGCUUGGAAAAGGGACACUGUUGUUGGAUCACCAAAGUGCAGGCCAGCCAAAAAUGACCUUUCGAGAGACCCUGCGAGCGGUUCCUGGUCUGAAUGGUGA